CCUCACGAGAACUGACUUCAGUCCCUGACAGGCCGACGUUCUUUCCGGGGGACAUGGGAGGGCUCUGGCGUCCGGGAUGGAGCCGUUUCGUAUUCUGUGGCUGGCGUCGGAGCCACCCUGGGUCCCCGGCUGCGGAGAGAGUAGAACCGUUUCUUAGGCCAGGAUGGACUGGGACAGGAGAUGCCGAGUGGAGCGCUUCCAUGUCCCUGAGGCGGCUCGGGACGUGGAAGCGCUGCAGCCCUGGACGUUGGAGCCCGGCCGUGCAGCCGCCGCGGCGGCCGAAGAGGACGAACCCUUUCACUCGCGCGCAGGAGGAGGACUGGCGGCGGCGGAACAAGACGGUCCUCACGUACGUGGCCGCGGCUGCCGUGAGCAUGCUGGGGGCGUCCUACGCCGCGGUGCCCCUCUAUCGCCUUUAUUGCCAGGCUACUGGACUUGGAGGAUCAGCAGUUGCAGGUCAUUCAUCAGACCAGAUUGAAAACAUGGUGCCUGUUAAAGAUCGAAUAAUUAAAGUUACCUUUAAUGCAGAUGUGCAUGCAAGUCUCCAGUGGAAUUUCAGACCUCAGCAAACAGAAAUAUAUGUGGUACCAGGAGAAACCGCACUGGCGUUUUAUAAAGCUAAGAAUCCUACUGACAAACCUGUAAUUGGGAUUUCUACAUAUAAUGUUAUUCCAUUUGAAGCUGGACAGUAUUUCAAUAAAAUACAGUGCUUCUGUUUUGAAGAACAAAGGCUUAAUCCCCAAGAGGAAGUGGAUAUGCCAGUGUUUUUCUACAUUGAUCCUGAAUUUGCUGAAGACCCCAAAAUGGUGAACGUUGAUCUUAUCACUCUUUCUUAUACUUUUUUCGAAGCAAAAGAAGGAUACAAGUUGCCUGUUCCAGGCUAUAAGUGAUGGUGGCAACUAAAUCUUUUGUGAUUUUUGAAAAAUCAUGUAUCCUGCUUUCUUAGAGAAGAAAUAUUCUACAAUAAUGUGAAGCCUAUUUUAAAUGGUUCUACUUGCUUUAGUCCCUUAAUUUACCCCCUUAAAAGAAUAACCUGUUUUCUUAAUUACUGUCAUAUAUUCUAAGUAGACAUAUGAGUUUAAUGAGAAUCCAACCAAAUUAUUUAAUAUUAACACUUCAUAUUUAUGGCAAUGAAUUUGAGAAUUUAAAAAUAGUUUAUCUCUUUCAGGUCAUAAGCCAGAAAAAUAGUUUAUCUGUUUCUGACCAUGUCUGUGUUUAAAAUAGUGGGUUGCUAUUUUUCUUCAGUAUGAAUGGUCACUAUUUUCAAAGCUCAGAGUAGGAGUUACUAACCCCUAACAGCUUCCUCAAAGAUUUACAUUCUGAUUUCCAAUUUAACUUUAUUUUUCCUUUAAGAACUAUAGCUAUUUUAUAUUCAGAGUUCUUAAUAAUUAUUUUGAAAUUGUGGUAUCAUGAAAUUGAAAAAAAUACAUAUCUACUGAGCUGCUAGCAUUUACUAUCAUAGUUCUAAGCCUCUGAAUGUUAAAAUGUGGGUGGGUGGGGUUUGUGAAGAUUUGCUGACAUGAAAAGUUCUUCUGGGAACAAAAUGUAAAAAAGAUGUAUUAAAUCAUUUUAAUAGCAAUUUAUUUGUUAAAUUUACAUGAACCAAACAAUUUAAUCUGAAUGUUUUUCAGUAAUCUUGUUCCAAAUAGAACCAUUAAGUUACAGUAAAAAGAAAAAAGGAACACUUAAUAUUACAAAGACUCAUAUUUAAUGGCCGCCUAACAGUCUAGUGAUCUGUUCAGGACACUUGAGAUAUAAUUAAACUAUAAUCAUCAAGGCUUUAACAAUAAUUCUAAAUCAUUAUUUAUAAAGAGUACAAAUCAGUAUUUAUAAAGAAGUACAAAUUGACUUUUACAUUCAACUUUAGUUAAGUGAAGGCACUCCAUGUUCUUCCUGAAGAAUACAUUUAGUUUCUCACACUAAAUGCUCUUAUCUACUCAGAAUUAUUUUGCAGUAAAAUAAUCUUAUCAUAGUCAUAUGAUGAUUCUCAAUUUAGAAAGAUCUGAGAGACAUAGAUACUGCAAUUAAAUUGGUUAGCCCAAAUACUAAGUAAUUUAUCUUCUGCUGAAAGUGACUAUUUGUUACAAAUAAAUUCUACUGAAAAACCUCUCCAGCUGUUGGAACCAUACAUGUUACCCUGUGACUGUUAUUCUUCUAUUGAUAUUUAAUCUUCUUAAUAGCAGAGUAGAAAUGUGGCUUUUGACAUGUUAACAGACUUCCAGGCCUCAAGUUGGACCGGGUUGGCACCCUUGAUUGUGGCUAUGAGCAGUUCAUCCACUUUCACCUAAAAUAAAGAGAAGAAAAUGG